AUGUCCGUGGAUGCAUUGGACCUCCAGAAAGCCGCAGACAUCUUUGAGGAACACGGCUGUCUUGUCGUGCGGGGGCUGAUGGCACCCUAUAUUAAGGCAAUCCAUCAGGACAUUGAGGCUGCCGCCGCAGAAUCCCUAUCGCUCCUUGACGAAGCGGAGCAGAUUGUUGAGGGAUGGCGCACGCCCAACGGCACGCUGUUCAUUCCAGCGCCAUCGGGCUACGAACGCGACAAACAAAUUAUGGUGUUGUCGGUGAAUUAUCAGACGAGUGCAGCGUUUUUCCAAUCCGCUUUCGAUGAAACUACAGCCAAUAUCGUGGAGACGAUCUUGGGACCGAAUAUGGAGAUCUUUGGUGGCGGACAGUGCCUCUAUAAGGAGCCGGUUGGCGGACAUCCGAAGCAUCUACAUCAGGAUUCUGCCUACUUUGAACACCGCUAUCAGGGACCCGUCGGCAUUCUGAGUUAUGUUGUGGACACUGACUUGGUAAAUGGUGCGUUACACGUCGUGCCGGGUUCACACAAACUUGGACAACUCAAGCAUAUUGAUACGUUCUCGCACCUCGGUCUGGCGGAGGAUGAGUGGCCCUGGGAGAGCGCGCUCCCCGUUUCUGGCAAAGCCGGUGAUUCGAUCUUCUUUAACGUCAAGACCAUCCACGGUUCCAAACAGAAUAUGUCGGACAAACCGCGUCCGAUUUUCAUCAACCGCUACCGCCGAACAGACGACUAUGUGAUCAUCGGUGGAACCACGACAGCAAAUCGUGCGGAGUCAGAAAAACGCGCCGCCGCCGCUGAGGAAGCGAAGAAAGCAUCCAGUGAUCGAGGUUUGAUGUUGCGCGGAUUCCGUCCCUUUGAUUCGUAG